GGAAGGCGCAUUCUAAUAUAUAUUGAGCACAGUGUUUAUGGUCAAUACUUCUAGGCUUUUUAACACGAUCAUAUGUAAAUCUAUAGUUUAUUUAUAUUAUUCGUCUUUUGAAAAUGAUGUCAAACAUAUUAAGUUUAAUCGUGUGUGUCUCUAGUUUUGUGUACACCUGUUAUACUUUAUGUAGCUUAACCUAUUUUUUAUCAAAUCAUGACAAUAAUAAAUAUCUUAAUAUAGCAUCAGAUAAUAAUGCUACAGAAUCCGUCCUGUGGUCCAUUGUGAUAGAUAUGUCACUUCUCACAAUCUUUAUCUUUCAACACUCCAUUAUGACGAAUGAUUUCGUCAAGCAUAUCUUUUUGAAACUAGAUGUCGAGCAUCUCAACAGGAGUAUUUACAAUGCCUGCAGUUCUGUUACCCUUCAUCUUUUGAUCAAUAAGUGGCAGCAAACACCAACUAUGAUGCUUUGGAAGAUUGAGACUUCUAAUGAUAUAAUCUGGAUGUUAUUCUCUGGCUUCCAUGUAUUUGGUUGGAGUAUUAUUUAUAGUGGAUGCAUUAUGAUGGACAUUGCAGAGCUCUGUGGACUCAAGCAGAUAUGGUAUAAGGUAUCUGCAAGAAGUAGUCCAUUAGAUGCAAAGUCUAACGAGCUGUGCAGAUACAUGCAACAUAUGAGGCAUCCCAGUCUUACUGGAUUUCUUAUUAUUUUGUGGAUCUAUCCUUUUAUGAGUAUGGAUCGAUUAUUAUUGGCUACCAUAUUGACAAUAUAUAUGAUGUUGAUGUGGACAAUAGAUUCUGAUGACUAUAAUUAUCAUAUCAGAUAUUUCAGACGAAAACAAAUAGAGUUGUCUUCGUAAUAAAACUCGCAAUUUUUUGAUCUGUUACUUUUUUCUAUUUUUCGUUUUUUUUACGCAUUUUUCUUAUUCGUUAACUUUAUUAAUUAUAAACUUUAUUAAUUAUAAAACAAUUAUAAACAUUAAUUGAUGAUGCUAUUUUUGUUUGCUAAAAGUAAAUUUUCAGAUUUUGACAAUUUUUUUGCUUUAAGAGAAAGAAGCAUCGUUCAUAACUCAUAACAUUUUCUAAAUA